UUUGUCCAGUUGUAAUAUAUAUCACAAUUAAAAUUUUCAGAGAUCAUUCGAUUGGCAAAAGGAGAAAGAGGAGAGAAUGAAUCACAAUUGAACAGGAUGACACAGAUUGAACAAGACACAUUUGAAAUGCAAGUCAGAGCUGCAAAUAUAGUUCGAGCUGGAGAGUCACUGAUGAAAUUAGUAUCAGAUAUAAAACAAUACUUGAUAUUAAAUGACUUCCCAUCAGUCAAUGAAGCCAUAACACAAAACUCUAAACUAUUCCGCACAAAACAGCAAGAAUGUGAUCAAAAACUAAUGUCAUUGCGUGAUGAUAUAGCAGCAGAUUUGUAUGAUUUAGAAGAUGAGUAUUUCACUAGCAUAUAUAAAUAAAGAGUAAUAAUAUAUUAAAUAUAAGUUUUAUAUCCAGUGUGAUCUGUACAAGUUGUUAUAAUAUUUACCCUGAUUUGUUUAACUCAUAUUUCUAUUUUAGUUUAAAGGGCUCUGCUUGGUUUGCUAUCUUAGUUACCACUAUACUACUUAAUAUAGUUACUGGCUCUAUGUAGAUUAUACUAUACUUUGGAUAACUGAUUGUUUGCCCUGUAAGUAGUAUGAUGGAUACAAGAAUAAAAAUAAAAGUAGUAAGUUAAGUGUUAUUUACAAUUUUUACUGGCCAAUUU